GCACCACUUUCUCCCGGCCGCCAGUGCCAGCCGCCUGCUGUCGGGCACAACAUGGCCGCCCCGGCUGCGCGCUAGACCGAUUCGGACGCGAAGCAUAUGGGAGAGCGCGCGCGCCGCCCAACAUGAAGCUCGGGGAGUGUGUGCUGUGUGUGAUUCUGCUACUGGCUUGCCUGAGUGUUGUUCACGGUGUGACGCAGCGUCGCUGCUUCCGGUGCCGCUCGCGCGGCUCGCGCGGCGACUGCAGGGACGCAUUCGCGCACAACACCACCGCCCUGCUGGCCGGGAAGGUGCGCAGCGUGAGCGUUGAGCCGUGCGCCUCCGGCUGGUGCGGCAAGAUCAUCGAGGGCGACAAGGGCGUCAACGACUACGACACGGCCACGGAGCGAAUGUGCAUGCAGCGCCCGCCGUCCGACCUGCAGGAGCGCUGUGACGAGACCAUGUACGGCCAGUACCGCAAGGUCCACCUCUGUAUGUGCUACGGCGACCUCUGCAACGGCGCCAGCCGGCCGUUGGCGGCGGCCGCCGCCGCCGCCGCCAUGCUCGCCUGGGCGGCGGCCGCCCUGCUCAGAUGACCGGUUUCCCGUCGCCCCGUGCCUGCCGCAGUCUGCUGAGACGGAGCUGGCCUCCGACGCUCCGGACGGGCGCUGGUGCGCUGCACGUGGUUUGGGGUAGCGCCGCGUGAGGGGUGCCGGCACGAACAGGCAGUGGAUGACCUCAGUCUUUGGUGAUACAGCAGUGGCACUCGGUGAGUGUGGGCACACACGCCUGUGGCGGUACCUUGCGGACCGGAAUCGAACUGCAAGCGCUGCGAUGCUGAUGGAGCCGUCCCGUUGAGGACAUAUGAAUGGGGCGCGUAAAAGACAUUACGCGCCACGACACUGUUCAGAAUAUGGACAUGCAUGGUAUGCGCUUCUCGUGUUGAAAUGAGAUGCUCGUUUGAUGUGGUUGAAAAUAUAUUUUUGUUUGCCAGAAG